GGUCUAUCGGUUGCUUUGCGAUUCUUUCACGUAAACGGUAACGUAAAAUGGCGAAUUGGAAUUGUUAUUUACUUGCGCGAGUCAUAACGAAAUAAUUAGAAUACGAUCUAAAAAAUAUUUGUUACUGCUGAAUUCGAGAUUGUGUAUUUAUUUCUUCUUACGCAAACGACUGUUUAUUGCGCAGAUACUAAUUCAACGUUCUACAGAUAUGAUACUAAUGGAUGGGUGUAAUUUGGUAUAGUAGAUAUUGAUUUACAUUGAUUUUGAUCUACAUUGGUUGACAAAAGAUCAUAUUUGCAAGUAUUUAAGUCUGAAAUACUAUGGCACAAUAUUAUAAUUUUGUGACCAAUGCCAGUGGUACAUUAACACUUGAAGACGUACAGAGAAUUUGCUCUGUAGAAGGACAAAGUGUACAAUUAGUUGUUGAAAACAUAAAUAAUGGUGGUAAUGGUUCUCAGCAAUUUUUGACUUAUACCACUGCAUCACAAAACAGUGGGCAAGCGAUAUUUUCACAGCAAAUUAAUUUAGGGAGUCAAAUUUCUGCAGCACAAUUGGAUCGAGGACAAAACGUUUUUAUAAUCAAAACAAAUACGAAUGAAUUAACUUCACCUCAAGGUAUAUUAAAAACUACAACAGUGAAUGAUAAUUCUAUAGGUGGGAACAUUGUAAACAUUGUGGGUAAUAAAGGUUCUGAAACAUUUUUGAGCUGUAAUAAUGAUGGACAACAAAUACAAUGGAUAAAAAUGCAAGAAAAUAGUAUCAGUGUAAAUGCAGUUUCAAAACAGAGUACACUGAUAUCAGAUAAAAUCCAAACUGCCAAUUUAAAUGAAAAUCAAAAUAAUACUUCCUCACAAAAUCUUUUACAUGGAUCUUGUGAAUUAUCAUCAAAUACUGAACUUGUAAAAAGAAAACCACUUAGAUCAUACCCAAACAGAAAUCGAUUAUCUACAAAUAGUGUACAAAUAGGAACAUCAUCUAUCGAUAGGGUGAAUGUAACAAAUAAUAUUGGAACUCAAAUAUCAAACGCUAAUGCGUCUAUUAGACCACCUACGGCAUUUUGUAAUAAAACAAUUAGUCCCAUUGGGCAGAAUGUGACACAAAUUUCUACACAAAUACAUUCUCCAUUGAACACAGUUUACACUAAACCACAAGCUCCUACCUUGUCAAAAAAUCCAUUAAAAGUGCAACAACCUAAAAUGGAACAAAUAAGAUUAAAACAAAUGCAAAAUCAAAGACAAGUGCAAAAUGAUCAAAGAUUGCAAGGAAAUAAUAUGCAAAGAUUAUCAAAUGUUGCUUCACAAUCAGUGCAAAAUUCAUUAAAUAAUCCACGGCAACAAACAACUGUAAAUUCAACACAGCAGAAACAAAUGUCUUCAUCAUCACAGUUACAAUUUCAAAAACAGACUAAUUUACAAAAAUCUCAAUAUGAAUCGCCACUAUCACCUCCGUCUCAAACUGUACGUAAUACUAUGGAUGUCGAAUCUCUGGAAUCAUCACUCAAUGAAAAAGCUCCAACAAAUCAACAAAGUUUUUCUUUACAAGCUGAUUCAGAAAAUGGUUCAACUGAAAGUAUUGCUUAUCUUGAAAAAGUUAUUCAUAAUCCAACAAAUACUAAAGUUCAACAUCAAAUACAAGGAAAUACUGCAAAAAUGUUAGUUAUGCUUUCUAAUGGCGAACAAAGAUUAAUUACAUUUGACAUACCUAAUGAAGAUUGUACAGUUCAAGAUUUACUGGAACAGGCAAAUAUUGUAUUUUGUGGAAAAACAAGUGUCUCUUUAGUUUCUGAUCCUACUUUGGGUAUAAAUUAUAUUGUAGAAGCUGGACCUGGUGCAUCAUAUGAUAUGAGUGAAAAUGAUAGUUCUCAAGAUAGUGCAAAUACCAAUUUAGACAAUUCUCAUAGGAACCUAUAUACAUUGAGGGAAUGUUAGCUGUUUGUUCCCAUUGUGGUAUCAGUUCUAUUGACUUUAAUCGGUGUCUACGAUGUAAAAGAAAAUUACCCAAAGAUGUAAAAUCUAUACCAAUGACCAUGGGUAUGCAAGAAAAGAAAGAAACAAUGCUUUCUGUUGAUACUUUUUAUAAGAAAAAUAAUGAACGUAAUUCAUCCUCAAAAUUAGAAAAAUUAGAGCGAGAUGGAUCCGUGUAUAAACGUGGAAGAGGAAGAGGAAGAGGUGUUUCAAGACCGAGGCCUAUUCACAAAGAGCCAGAAUGUUUGACAAUAUCAUCUGAUGAAGAGGAUGAAGGCAAAAUUAAAAAAUCGGAUGGCUCUAGUAAUAAUAUAUUUUCAAAUGAUAGUAAUAGUUUUACUGAAGAAAUGGAGACCAUUCUUGAAAAAGAACCAGUAAUCACGAACAAUUCUAUUUGUAAUGCAAGUUCUGAUUAUGCCAUGGAGAAUGAAGAUAUUAAAGAUAAUUCUCUUCAAUCCCCACAUACUUCUUUGUUGUGUCGAACAGUAAGGAUAGGUUCUUAUAAAUAUGUUCCUCGAGAAAGAGUAGUAAUCUCGCAAAGUGGAAUAAGAUUUGGUGUACCCUUACUAGAAGAUGAUAAAACUUUCGUAGCAUUAGAAGUUAAAAUUCAAGAAAUAGUAAAAGUUCUAAUUCAUUUUGGUAAAGCUAUGCCAGUGCUUUUCUUUUAUACAUCUACUAAUACUGGAGCUAUGAUCCGUGAAUUAUUAGGAAUGCAGGAUCCAAAAGGGCCAUAUUAUGAUCCUGCUGGAAAAGAUCACACUCAUAAACGGAUAACUUUACUGCCAGAAAAAUUAUCAGAAGAAUCAAAAGUUGUGUUAAAAUCUUUGUUUUCACGGAGACGUUUGUUAGAAGAAUUAAACUCAAAAGAAGCAAAUGAUAUUCUUAUACGAGCAUCGCCAAAAGAUAAUAACUGUAUAUCCUCCACCACCUGCUAAAGGCGGUAUAGCUAUUAAUACUGAAGAUUAUUUAUGUCUUGGAGAAGAUCAGUUUUUAAAUGAUGUGAUCAUAGAUUUUUAUUUAAAAUAUUUGACAUUGGAAGUUUUACCAGAAUCUGAUCAACAUAGAACUCAUCGAUUAACAAGUCCACAUGCUCAAGCAGGUGAAAGUAAUGUACCUCUUUCACCCGCUGCUAAGAGACAUGCAAGAGUACAAAAGUGGACGAAAAACGUCAACAUAUUUGAAAAAGAUUUUAUUAUAAUUCCUAUAAAUGAACAUGCCCAUUGGUUUUUGGCUAUUAUUUGUUUCCCUGGAUUGGUAGGUAAAGUUUUUGCACAGCCUAAACGAUCAGACGAAAAUGAUGUUCGUAAAACUGUACAAAAAAGCAAAAAAUUAAAAGAAGUAAAGCUUCAAGCAGUUACAAUUGGAAGUACAACCCUUAAGCCAAUGACAACUACUGUAACUAUAGAUCAAGGUGAUGAUGGUUCAGAAAGAGAUGAAGCUGAAGGUGAUGACGAAGAAAUGGAGAUGGAUAGCGAAGAUGAUACCCUGCAUAUUAAUAUUUGAUUCUCUUGCGGGAGCAAGUAGAGCACGUGUAGUAGCUACAUUAAGAGAUUACUUAAGUUGUGAGUAUGUUGCAAAAAUGGGAAAUGAAAAAGUAUUUUCGAAAGAUACUAUUAAAGGAGCAUCGUUGAAAGUUCCUCAGCAAUCAAACUUUACUGAUUGCGGAUUAUAUAGUCCCAUUAAAGAUUACACGUUACCAAUAAAGACAUUGAAAAAUUGGUUUGAAGAAAUAGUAGUAACAAGGAAAAGGGAAGAAUUAUCUAAACUAUUGAUUAAAUUAAUGAUCGCAGGAAAAGGAGACAGAAAUAUAACAAUACCAACUGUAAAUUUUCCUACUCAAGAUGGAAAAUUAAAAACUAAGGCUGAAAAUAAUAUUGAUGUAAAAUCUGUGAAAACGGAUGCUGAAGAUAAGAAAAAACCUAUAUUAGAUGGGGAAAAUCGUAUUAAUAAUAAUAUGCCAAAUCAAACAGAAAAUACAGAACCAGCUACUGAAGCAGUUAAUAGAACUACAUACCAGAUCAUUCCGUAUUCUCCAUGUACAAGUUCUAGUUCAUCUGAAAGCAAUUCAACAGAAAUGUUGACUGAAACUAAAACUCCGAGAUCAUCAAGUGAAACGAUGUCCUACUUAAAGUCGAAACGGAUUUCCAGGUUAAUGAUAAAGGCAGAGAAUCAAGAUGAUGCUCAAGCGGCCAAAAAGCAUAAAGGAGAGUCAUUUGAUUCUUGUAAAUAAUUGUUACUUUCUUUUUUAUAAUGGUAAAGUUAGUCAACAUUCAUAAACAAACAUGAAAUCAUUUACCUAUGUAAUAAAUGUAGUUAAUACUUCAUAAAAUGAAUAAAAACAUCCAAUCAUAA